AUGAAACUACCACUUUUUGAGAAGGAUAAAGCAAUAGAGCAUCAAUAUCUUUGGUAUUCUCCUGAUUUUGACAAUGAAAAUUGCGUUUUUUACCGUUUAGACCUUGAAAAUUUCAAUGCCAAUAGACUUCAGAAAUCUGGGUUUCUUUACUUAUAUGAAAACGAUUUCCUUUGAGACAGGAGAAUGAGAACCCGGUUUUUUUAUAUAUGUAAGGAUAAUGAUUUAGAAAUCGGAGCUUAUCUCCUCUCACGUGUAGGAGGAUGGACUAGAGGAUUCUGUAAAUCUGGAAAUUUUAUAUAUAAUUUUACAAAGACUCAAUAUAUAGGAGUUGCUGGCUUUAGGUUUAACUUGCUUAAAUGGCGAGCAGAAUGGUUAUCGAUACUACCUAAAGAUGCAAAAAUCAAGUCAAUUAUUGAAUUUGAUGGCAAAAUUGUAUAUAAUACUAUAAUUAUUGUUAUACAUAAAUUAUAAGGAUCCACUAUUGUUAAUACUUACUAAUCUAAUUAAAUUUAGUAUAAUUUCUACUUUACAUUCAAAGUGGCUAUUUAUUUAUGACUGUUUUACAAAUUCUCAUUCAAAAAUUAAAUCAAUAUUUGAUCAGUCAGGAAUGAAGCAUUUUUAUAAGAAUAAAAAUAAACUGUAUAUAUUUGAUUAUGGGAAAAAUAUUAUUUAUGUCACUAAAAGUUGCUUUGGAGAAUGAGAAGUUUUAUCGAAAAUUUGCGAAAAUAUUGACUAUAUUGGGACAGAAUGAUUUCCACAGCUGUAUUCAUAUUAUAAAGAUUCUAUCUAUAUAUCGAUUAAAGGGAAAAUAUAUAGGUAUGAUUUUAUAGAGUUUUGGAUUGAAUUGGAUUUUAAUAUAAAGUUUUUUAAGGAUAAAAUAUGCCAAUAAAUGAAAAUUAUCCUAUAAAUGAUUCAACAAAUUUAUUCUAUUACAAAAUGAUGAGAAAGGUCUUAUUUUGAUAGGUGAGAUAAUUUUAGAUAAAGAUAAUACAGGAGUUACAGUUCCAUCUUUUUGCCAUUUUCAAGAUAAUUCUAAAGCUUCAAUUUAA